GAACUUCUAGAGAACCUGCAGGAGCAGAAUUAGCUGAAUCAGCGACAGGCUCGGGUGGAUUUGAGUCCAUGCUGCAGCAGUCCAGGGAGCUGGAGAAGAGACGGAAGGAACAGGAGCAGGAGGAGGAUGAGAGAGAACUUCAAGAAAUGCUGGAGAUGGCGCAGACGAAAAGGCUGAAGGAUUCGAGUCGGAUUCAAACUCGGACUCUGAUCAGGAGCAGGAAAACGUGAAAAAGAUGCUUAAAAGUCUUAAAAAGGCUCGUGCUUAUGAGAAAUGCACAGACAUCCUGACUGCAGGCACAGAAACAUAUACAAAGAUACAGAGGCCGAGAGAUGAUGGAAUGUUCAUCUGUAUAUUUUGUGUUCGUUCCUGUACUCAAACAGACCGACCCUGAAAACAACGAUUACAGAAUUGAAAGUGGUGCAACGAGAAACUUUCAGGUGUUAGAGAACCCAAAAAGGGGCCUAAAAGAUGGAGAUGGAACUUCUAGAGAACCUGCAGGAGCAGAAUUAGCUGAAUCAGCGACAGGCUCGGGUGGAUUUGAGUCCAUGCUGCAGCAGUCCAGGGAGCUGGAGAAGAGACGGAAGGAACAGGAGCAGGAGGAGGAUGAGAGAGAACUUCAAGAAAUGCUGGAGAUGGCGCGGACGAAAAGGCUGAAGGAUUCGGAGUCAGAUUCAAACUCGGACUCUGAUCAGGAGCAAGAAAACAUGAAAAAGAUGCUUAAAACUCUUAAAAAGGCUUGUGCUUAUGAGAAAUCCACAGACAUCCUGACUGCAGGCACAGAAACAUAUACAAAGCGUCUCAACGUGUUUGGAGUGAAGCGUAAGAAAUGUGAGUUUUACAGCUGGGGAGAACUAAAGUCACUAGUAUCGAGGAAGAAGCCUGCAGCAAUAGCUAGAGCACAACAGCCUGUUGCUGGAACUCAGACUGGUAUAGAUGCAAAACCUGCAGAAGGAACCGCCACCGCGCUCAGCCUGCUACAAGAAUAUGAAAGCAGCGACUCCGACUAGUCCUGUCAUGGUGAAGGAAACCUCUAGUUAGACCAUUACAGUUGUGGCCACAUGUUUUUUGAUUAAAGCAAAUAUAUAUUUUUACAAAG